GAGAACGGGAGUCGAGCGUGGUCACGAGCGUGUUAUAAAAGCGCUUCCCUGCUCACGUGACCCCUCUCCGCCAGAUCGCCGCCAUCAUGGACACGAGUCGCGUGCAACCCAUCAAGCUGGCUAGGGUAACCAAAGUGCUGGGCAGGACCGGCUCGCAGGGACAGUGCACGCAGGUGCGCGUGGAAUUUAUGGAUGACACCAGCCGCUCUAUCAUCCGAAACGUCAAAGGCCCCGUUCGAGAGGGUGAUGUGCUCACCCUAUUGGAAUCAGAAAGAGAGGCUCGGAGGUUGCGCUGACCUUGCUGCUGGGUCCUGGAUAUCCAACACUUGGCCCAUGAUGACCUGCAACUAUUAAAUAAAGCAUUUGUAUUGUUUUAA